GAGGAAGAUAAGAAAGAAAAAGAAGAAAGUAAAAACACAAAUGAUGCUGUGAAAAAAGAGACAGAAAACAAUGCAGAGCCAGACCCUAAGCAACAAGGUCAGUAAUGUCUAAUCUAAUCCAUCUAUCUAAAAAAACUAUAUAAUGUACUGAGCAAUAGCAAGGUGUCAUUCAUUACCUUUUUACAUUCAUAAUCAUAUCUGGCUGACAUUAAAUGCAAUUCUGUCAUUGAUCUGGCCUCAUCCACACAAGCACCAGAUGAGGCUGUAAACCAGUGUCUGGGUUGUUCCACUUCAGCUUUUAUUCAGCUUCUAAAAGAUAAUGCUUUUGGUGGGCAUAACACAAACUUUAUCUUCCUUCCUUGUUUACUGCCAGUGUGGUGUAGUGGUUAAGAGCGAUAGACUCGCAAUCUGGGGAACCGGGUUCGCGUCUCCGCUCCUCCACAUGCAGCUGCUGGGUGACCUUGGGCCAGUCACACUUCUUUGAAGUCUCUCAGCCCCACUCACCUCACAGAGUGUUUGUUGUGGGGGAGGAAGGGAAAGGAGAUUGUUAGCCGCUUUGAGACUCCUUUGGGUAGUGAUAAAGCGGGAUAUCAAAUCCAAACUCUUCUUCUUCUUCUUCUUCUUAUUCAAUGUGUGGCAUGAAAACCUUUCUGGGUGCAUUGCUACUGCCUGCUCCAGGAUACUUUUUGCUCAAAGUGUUGAGCACCAAGGAUGGCGCCCAAAAUGCUUUAUUUAGAACAAAUCCAAACCUUAUCAUUAGGCAUGAGAAAAGCCCACCAGAAAUCUACCUCCAAGCCUGGUCUUUAAAGCUCUGUGUAAGACCUGGACUGGAAGUACUCUAGACCCUGAACUAGUACACACAUAAAACAUGGACUGGACUACCCAGCAUUACUUUGAGCACUAUGGCAGCCUGUCUCCAUUUCCAGGGGUAGACUUUGGUCUUUCAAAUUUCAGUGGUACCCUGUGUGAGACCAAAAUUUGUUUCCCCCCCACACCUCUCACCUUCCAUUCUGCUCAGCACACUACAUCACAGCUGCAACGACCAGUGGCACCCCCUGGGCUUGGUGCCCAGUGUGGCGGAACUGGUCGUGCUGCCCUAAAUCCAAAAAUCUGCUGUUUUUGAUGGAUUCCCCCACCAUGGUUCAGGGUCCUAGAGUGAACCAUGGGCACAGUUGCUCCCUUUCCUGCAAUGGGGUUCAUGAAAAGGCCAGGCACUGGAGGAAAGCAGAAUAUUCAGGAGAAAAUGGGGUCAAGUCAGUAUGGCUGCCAACUUUGAUUUACUAGCUUGUGCCUUUAAGCAGCUUUACGUGCAGUUUAUUGUCUGUGCUGAUGUUUGUCUCCAUACCUUGAAAAGCUUCAGAACCCUACUGGAUCAGACCAGUGGUCCAUCUAGUCCUGCAUCAUGUUCCCAUGGUGGCCAAAUGGAUACCUAUGAGAUGCCUGAAAGCAGAACCUGAGCACAACAGCACUCUGCACACCUGCACUUCCAAGCAACUUCUAACAGUGGAGGCAGAACUCAGCCAUCAUGGCAAGCAGUCAUUGAUAGAUUCACCUUUUGGCUCAAGUGCAGAGCAUUGCUUUUAAGGCUAUAGGAACAGACUGGGCUUUUUUUUUAUAUUCUGGUUUGUUGGCAGCCUAAGAACAGGUGGUUAACCCAGGGGAAGGAUCAGAGAGUAACCAGCCAUCAAGCAGAAUCAUUAACUAUUGGAUGAGAGGAAGUCCAAAUUUGCAGCUUUCUAGGCUCAUCAAGAGGGGCGUGGGUUGCGCUGUGGUCUAAACCACAGUGCCUAGGGCUUGCCGAUCAGAAGGUUGGCAGUUCAAAUCCCUGCGCCAGGGUGAGCACCCAUUGUUCGGUCCCAGCUCCUGCCUACCUAGCAGUUCGAAAGCACAUCAAGUGCAAGUAGAUAAAUAGGUACCGCUCCACCGGGAAGGUAAACAGCGUUUUCAUGCACUGCUCUAGUUCGCCAGAAUUGGCUUAGUCAUGCUGGCCACAUGACCUGGAAGCUGUUUGUGGACAAAUGCCGGCUCCUUCAGCUUAUAGAGUGAGAUGAGCGCACAACCCCAGAGUCGUCCACAACUGAACCUAAUGGUCAGGGGUACCUUUACCUUUACCUAGGCUUAUCAACCCCCCCCCCAUUAACUUUGGACAGGCAGCUUCCCUGUAACUCUGAAGAUGCAAGUAAGCUCCCUUUGGGCAAGUGGUGCUAUGGCAUCUCUGUGGCAGUCCACAUGAAAUAGCACACUUGAGACUAAGGUCCUUGCUUCAAGCUUCAACAUACGUUAUACCAGGAACACAGAGGAGGUAGAUUUCUGGUAGACUUCUGAGUGAUCUGCAGGAUAUCACCAAGGAAUUUUGACUCCCACUUGUUUAACAAUAGCAAAAUGGCAGUCCCCUGCCACCCUAGAUUAUGCUGCUGAAAUGAAAGAAGUUCGGGGGUAACCAGAAGUGGAUUUUUGUGUGGAAGGACUGUGAGCUCCAUUCAGUACUGGUAUUCAAAACAAAUUCUCUAAUUCUAAGUGUGAGUUUUCAGCACCAGGCUCCAGCUAAUGAAUUUUGGGGUUCUAGUAAUAGCAAUAGUAGUAGCAGCAGUAGAUUCUAAAAGUUUGAAGUCUGCCCGGUGAUGACUUACAAAAAUACCUAAUUAUUGGGCCAAUUUCAGGGGCCUAAGGCACAGCCUCAUCCAAUUUUACUGCCUGCUAAGGACACUUUAUAAUUACACCCAUUAAAUUUCAGUUCACUCUUGACCUUAACAAUUCUUUAGUGGCAGAAGUUUCAUUCCCUCUGGGGUCCUAUGAAACCAAUAGUGCAGCAGUGCACUCCAAUUUAGGUUUUUAAAAAACUGCAGCAGACCCAAAGCUGAAUUCCAAUAGAUCUUAAUAUUACUGAAUGGUAUUCAUUUAAAUGUUGGACUCCUUACACAGUGCAUGUGAGCUUUGGGAAGCAGCCACACUCCAAACAAACAUUCCUUUUUGUUACACGCAGGCCAGCCUUGAAGCUAUUAUAUGAUUUUAUGUUUGCUGUCUACUUGCAGUCAAAAGAGUCCGGGACUGGAAUUCCCAGCAGUACCAUGACUUAAAAGAAACUCUGCAUGGUUGCUCAUUGCUUUAGUGACAUGUGACGCUAGACGCAUUGUAUUAGUCCCUUUCCCCCCAGGAAACUUUCAUAAAACUAUUUGAGCCAUUCAUUUUGCUACAGUUCUCUUGUAAAUAAAAUGCUUGUAUAAGCAAUCAAUUAUUCCUUGUAUGAGUAAUCAAUUAUGAGACAAAAUCUGAAAUUAACUAACUGUGGCAAUGGAUGAUCAAUUGCAUAAUGUAUCCUGGAUGCUGUGUCCCUCUUCAGAAGCACUACAUCACAUCUUGCCAAUAAAAUGACAUAUAUCCAAAAGCAAGCUUCCUUUGCUUUUUUGAAAGCUGAUUUAAUUUUUUUAGGUGUCUUUUAUAAAAAGGAGAAGGAAAUAGUUAUAAAAAGUGUUCUUAUGCAAUGCAUGUUUUCUCUGAUAUGUUUUCUUAUCACUUUACAAUCAGUAGGGAUGCAUAGGCAAUUUGAUAUACAGAGCACAAUUUUGUACACAAAAGGGACUAAUGAGCAAUCUCAUUUUUUCCAUUAAAUACAUGACUUGAGUACUUGAAACAAAUGAAAUUUCAUCAUCGGUGUCUUAGGGGAUUCAGUCUGGUGCUGAAAAGCAGUAGUAGUAGUAAAUAAAAGUAGUAAAUAACAUUUGUAUACUGUCCUUCAUCUGAAGAUCACAGGGCGGUUCGCAAUAUAGAAGUACAAAUUAGAACCCAAAAUACAUAAUAAAACAAAAACAAACCAGUAACCCCCUCCCACAAACACAAUUUAAAAGCCCAUAGAAUGUUAAUCUGCCAGACACCUGGUUACAGAGAAAUGUUUUCACCUGGUACCUUUACCAGGCAAGUCAAGGCCUGUGUUGCCACCCUCUUGACUUCUUGUGGAGAAGCACACAAGGAAGGGCCUCUGAUUACGAUUGCAGGGUCUUGAUUGGUUCAUAUGGAGAGAGGUGAUUCUUGAGGUAUUGCAGUCCUGCAACAACGAGGAGUUUACCAGCUCAUGGAGGAAAAUUAUGGUUAGAAAAGCAGUUCAAUUGGUAUACCACCUUCUCUCCUGUACCAUCUGGGCUAUGAUACCACCCUUGAAUCUCUGAGGCAAAGGCUCUGGGACAUAUCACAUAGUGAUCUCUGAUCUCAGUCUCAUGUUAUCUGUGGCCCAUUAGCAUUAGGAAUUCACUAUGGGUUCGAUUUUCAGACACCUGCAUAUCUUAGAAAUUUGUCUGUACCAACAUAUUGGCAUCUUUUCACCAAAGCCAGAUUAAAUGUAUUCCCAUCAGAAGUGUUAAAUAGCAGACUGAGAGGUAUCCCUUAUCAAAAUAGGAUCUGUGUAUGCUCUCAGGACGUCGACUGCAUGAGGCAUAUUUUAUUGCAUUACAGACAAUAUGAUCAAGCUAGGGAACUAUUGAUUAAACCACUACUGGCAAAUUGGCUGGGUCAAUCUGAAGCCUACUAUACCAAAUAUCUUCUGGAUGACAAGUCCAAUGAUAUCACAGUGGAUGUGGCAAAGUUUCUUUCAGUAGUCAUACGAAUCAAAAAUCAACAUACCCAUAACUAAACAAAUAAUGCUUUGGUCUCCCUUCCCUGGGGAGGUUGUCUGUACGAAUCUGUAUUUUAUUCUGAAUCCAUGUUAUGGGUUGUUGGACCACAAUAAAGAUUAUUAUUAUUAUUAUUAUUAUUAUUAUUAUUAUUAUUAUUAUUUUAUUAUUAUUAUUUAUUAUUAUUAAUUAUUAAUUAGCAGCAGCAGCUGUCAUAGUCCUAGACCAGGAAUCCUCACAUGGAGAGUCAUCCUACAAUAGCAGCCCCAAGGAAGAGACAGAGCCAUACUCUAGUCUGCUGGCACCUACAUCUCAUCUUCUGAGCCCCUUGAAGAUACCUCUGCCACCACAUUCCUGUAACUGGACCACCAACACCUUGGGGAAUCAAGAGGGUCCUGAGGAGUUUUCCUCCAAGGCAGUCCCAACAGCUCAAAACACCACUGCUUGGAAAGAGCGCGGGAGCAGACACUGGCCCAUUGACCCACCAGAUGAAGUGCUUUGCGGGUGAAGCCACUAACUUGACCACCUAGACCAGACCAUGAAGUUCUGCCAGUUGCUCAGACAUACUGAUGAAAUAAUUUUCUGCCUCAGCUGGAGGGAUACUGUGAUCCCAGACAAGUUCUUUAGUCCCUGUCCAAGGCCCUGACCUCUCCCUGCCUUGCCUUACCUGCUGUUAUGGGACCCUAGGCCUGCUGAUUUCCACCCUAUUGGGUAAUCAUCUCCCCUUAGUGGUGAAUGUAACCAUGGGUCAAGACAAUAGCCAUGAAGUAAAUAUACCUGUGUGUGUUCUAGGUUGGAAGUGGGUAACAUAGAAGAGCUAAUAAGUUAAGCAGAAGAUUAUAAUUUUAUAAAGUCUGAGACACACAGGAGUAAAUGUUUUAUAGAGUGUGCAAUCGUACUGGUGCAGUCAGUUGAAAACUCUUGUUGAUUCCAGCAUUUAUUUCAGUCCAGGACAGCUGUCAGGAAAGAAGACAGUUGAGAAAUUUGGGGAACAAACAGUCAAGAGAAUAGAAAUCUGGCGCUUAGCACUUGUCUGUACUGAUUAUUUAGAUGCACUUAGCCUAUGUUUCUACCAAUUACGUAAUUACUUGUCAGAGAGUUAUGAGCCUCAUGGCAGGAACCUAGCCUACUCAGCUCAACAGAAAAUAGAAAUUCAGAGUUAAGCAGAAAGCAAACGAUCAAGAACUGGGAUAUCCAGAAUAAGAGAAUUGCUGGCAACAAUCCCUAUGUGGUAGAGUUCCAAUAUUUUAAACACACCAAUCUGCAUGUGUUCUAAAAAUGCGGCAGAGAUCUAUGAGAAGCAUAUGCUGCCACUACCCACUACUACCGCCUCCCCUGGUUUGUGAUUCAAGGCAUAUUGGGAAAUGCUUAUAGGAACAGAUGGGAAUCUAAAGGCAAGUGCAAAUUAUUACCUGGCUGCUGGCACCUACUUCAGGAACACCUGGUCCGAUCCUGUAUUGCUGUAGUUUUCUCCUUGUGUUCUCCUACAUUUAUGUCUUUAAAGUAUUUGUCAGGGUCAAAUUCACCAGUUCGUUUUUAUUUUCACUGGUGAUUUGUGAAGUUGAGUUAUUAAUUACUAUUAAAAGGCAGGACCCUGCUCCAAAAAGCUUACAAAAGAAAAAUAUAUACGGUAUGUGGUUUUACUUGUUUUUCAGAUGCACUGUGUGCUAUAUUUGGCACCCCAAACAAAUGCCUCAAAACUGGCUCACAAUUUUUUGUAGCAAUUCACAGUUGAUCUGGUCCAGCUGUACAUACCUAUAUACAUAAAUUGGAUGCAGCUUAUAUGCAUCUAUAUUGGAUCCAGACUGUGAAUAGUCAAUAUGGACCACUAUCAGGCAGCCAUUUUUGUUCCACCACCAUAACCAUGAACACACCAAACAAGCAUAAAAGCCGUCAGUGCGGAUUGGGUGGUUAAGGGAGACAAGAGAGCCCAGACCACAGUCUGCACAGAAGCCUAUAGGUCAAGUAUGUACCAAAAUGUCAUAGAACUAUAGAACUGUAGAGUUGGAAGGGACACCAAGGGUCAUCUGUUCCAAGCCCCUGCGAUAUUAGGGUUGCCAUAUUUUAAAGAGCAAAAAAGAGGACACAUUUGCUGACUUCUACUUUUAACUAUAUGGGACACGAGUGGCACUGUGGGUUAAAUCACAGAGUCAAGGACUUGCCGAUCAGAAGGUCGGCGGUUCAAAUCCCUUAACAGGGUGAGCUCCCGUUGCUCGGUCCCUGCUCCUGCCAACCUAGCAGUUCGAAAGCACGUCAAAAUGCAAGUAGAUAAAUAGGUACCGGUCCGGCGGGAAGGUAAACAGCAUUUCCGUGCGCUGCUCUGGUUCACCAGAAGUGGCUUAGUCAUGCUGGCCGCAUGACCUGGAAGCUGUACGCCGGCUCCCUUGGCCAAUAAAGUGAGAUGAGCGCAGCAACCCCAGAGUCGGCCACGACUGGACCUAAUGGUCAGGGGUCCCUUUAGCUUUAAAGGUAAAGGUACCCCUGCCCGUACGGGCCUGUCUUGACAGACUCUAGGGUUGUGCGCUCAUCUCACUCUAUAGGCCAGGAGCCAGCGCUGUCCGCAGACACUUCCGGGUCACGUGGCCAGCGUGACAAGCUGCAUCUGGCGAGCCAGCGCAGCACACGGAAAUGCCGUUUACCUUUCCACUAGUAAGCGGUCCCUAUUUAUCUACUUGCACCUGGGGGUGCUUUUGAACUGCUAGGUUGGCAGGCGCUGGGACCGAGCAAUGGGAGCGCACCCCGCUGCGGGGAUUCGAACCGCCGACCUGACGAUCGGCAAGUCCUAGGCGCUGAGGUUUUACCCACAGCGCCACCCACGUCCCUCCCUUUAGCUUUACCUUUACUUUUAACUAUGGGUCUCUAUGAUGACUCUACCAAUGAAAAAAAGAGGACCUGUCCUGGAAAAAGAAGACAUAUGGCAACCCUAUGUGCACGGGGUCACUUAGAGACCUGUAAGCAUCUAGAACAAGACAGAGCCUGCAACAUAUUCCUGGAAGCAAAUUUAAAAAAAAAAUCCACUGUGAAAUCUGCUUCACAGGGUACAAACAGCAUGGGAAGAGUCAAUGUAAUUGACAUUGCUACCACAUGGUUCUAAAAUUCAAAGAUACUACUGAGACUUUGACUGUGGCAAAGUGGUUUCCACCCAGCUUGGUUUGGUGUUUGUGUGUGUGUGUGUGUGUGAGAGAGAGAGAGAGAGGACUGAAGCAAAAAGUCUCAAAAAAUAUGGAAGUUGAAGGAUUUUAGAGAUGGCAGAUAGUCUAAUGAAUGCUCAGCAGAGCGAGUAUUUCAGCGUUACAGCUCAGAGAGCAAUGUCAGUCAAUGAAAAGAGUCCUUUGAGUAUCAACUUUAAUUCCUCACCACCUUGUCCUGGACACUCAUCACUUACUCUCCAUUCUUUCAACCAGCCACUAUGCAGACUUCUGGUCUCAGAGAAACAUAUACAUUGUCAUUAAAGAUUAGUCAGAGCUCGGCUUGAUUUGAUAAACUUGCUUCUUGAUAAAUCUUCUUUAGCUUCGAAAGGCUAAAAUGUGGGAAGCUAAUCCUCAUUUCUAAUUGUUGACAUGGAAAUUCUGCUCUAUAUAUAUAUGUGAUUUCCCCUGCUGUCCAUAAAUCUUCUUUGGUCUUUCUAACCCAUGAAAGGGAAUAUUAGAUUACAAUCCAAACAGCAGCAGAUGGAAGGAGAAAAGGGUGAAUCCUGCAUCCUCUCCUGCUUCCAGCACCUAUGAGAGCUGCAUUUGUAUUCUAUCAUCCUCCACACACAGCCAAAGAGACCGAAGGAAAGCAGAAAGCGUGGAAGACAUCAUUCUCAUAGUAAUAGGUAGCUCCUUGUCUCCUCCUUCUCCCAUAAGAGCAAUGGCUGUGAAGUCAGACUUAAUAAACCAGAAAUGAGGAACAUAAUAUUUACAGUCACAUGCUUCUCCAAGCACGGGCUCACAGUCUUUUCUUCUAACUUCCAAACAACUGUAUUUUCCUCUCUUUCCAGAGCUCAGCCUUCUGUAUCUCAGGCCAUACUUUACAGCUCUUCCACUUUUACCUUCUCCUUCAGCUUUGCUCUUUCUUUCAAGCAGACAAGAAGCACUCCAACACUCUAUUCAACUUAGCAGUGUUCACAGUGGAUUCUAAAACACAGUCAUCUUGCUUCACAUAAAAUGGAGUCUCUCCUUUGCUAGAUACAUCUCUGAUGACCAAUGUUAGCCAAUCACAUGAGAAUUACUAGAGUGUUCUCUAUAAUUCAGUUACCAACCAAUCAACUUUAAAGACAUUGCAGUGCAUAGAAGCAUUUACAAUUUGAGUGAAUUCAAUUACUAUAUUUAACAAGCAGCAACUGGAAAUAUGUGUGUGAUUUUUCAAGUAUGACAGAUUCCCCCUCCCUCAGGCCCUCCAAGUGUCCCUAUUUUCCAGGGACAUCCCUGAUUUAGAGUAGCCGUCCCGGUUUCUGAUUUGAUCCUGGAAUGUCCCACUUUUCUUUAGGAUGUCCCUUUUCUCAUUGGAGAAAUAUUGGAGGAUAUGGAGUUAUCCAACCAGUGAGCCAUCCUGUAUAGAGAAGUUUUAAAAAAUGUUUAUUGGGCAACCCAGUAGGAUAUGUGGGAUAUAAAUAGUAAAAUUAUCAUUAUGGAAUGAGAUGUCCUUAUUUUCAUCAGAGAAAUGUUGGAGGGUAUGCUCCCCGCUUCAAAUAACACUAGGUGCAUACUUAAUAUAUUGAUACUUUGCACUGUAUACACUUAGCUGAUUCUCUCCAUUGUUUCCAUAAUACUCAAGAUUCUUCUAAAGACAAUUCAAUCUGAUUUAAUCACCAUUUUCUUCAUUUGCUGUGAGAGGAAAGAACACAAUAAAAUAUUCCUUAAUACAUUUCAUCAGCGUUAAUGUCAGCAAUUAACAUUAGAACUGAUUAGUAAAAUGUAGACAUUUGAUAGUUUCAGAUUGCUUGAAUUCCUAAACAGAAGUAUGUGUAAUUUUGAGAUAUAUGAACAAAUUACUAUACCUUCUAGAUUUAUUUUUUAAAUCCUGUGUUUUUUCCAAGGGACCCAGAGGAACAUUUUUUGGUUCACAACCCACCUAUGAAGCAGGCUAGGCUGUGACAUAAUAGACUUGGCAAAGAGGAGCUUCAUACAUGGACCAUUUGCCACGUCAAAAUCUGGCACUCUACUCACUGUACCACAUCCCCUUCAUAGGAGCCCACAGGAAUUGUUCUAAGAACUUUGCCACAAACAAAGCAUAUUGUACCCAAACUGGCACACACAUAGUGACCUUGACUAGCAUCCAAGCGCCACUUAAGCUGUAAUCCUCCACCCACUUUUCCAGAAAUGAUUAAGAACUUAAUGGGACUUCCUUCCAAGCAAAUGGUGCAUUGGAUUAUGUGGUUCUGACAAUUUCCUUGAGUUUGAGGAGGGGUUUCUCAGGCUGCAUUGCGAAUAAUUGUGGGAAGUGCUGAGAAGCCUGUCAUAUACUUCUUUAGAUAUCAUUCAAUCACUGGAAUUCAAGGUUGUAAACCAAUAUUGACUUGUUACUUAUGGACAUGCAGCAUGGACUAAGUUUUCCCCCCAAGUGUUUUUUGUUUCAAACAACUAUUUUGACUUGGCAACCAAACUCUUUAGGUGUGAAUAAUAGCAAUGGUCAUCAAGGCUUUUUGACUAACAGUGACAAGCUCAUGGCACUUAUUAAGACUAUGUCUGCUUUAGGCAAAGUAUCACAAUGAUAUCACAAUGACGAUGGUACCUAUAUAUUUUUAAGAUUAAAGUUAAAAUACGAAUGAAAAUUAAUUAUAGAAAUUAAUCAUCUCAAGAUAGCUAAAUGUCAUCUUAAAGGACACUUUCUCCGUGACUCAUUUACACACACCCUCAAAUUUGCAUUUCAUACCUAUAUUAACAACUGUUUUGUUUAAGGCUGCUCUACAUGCUUUUUGUGGAAACACAAAUCCAAGAAAAGCAAUGAAAUGCAACAGCAAUUAUUAGUGUGACAAUAAUCAUAUCUCAUAAACGUCACUCUGUCAGUAUGACUAAGUCAUGAUAUACCUGUGGGUGAUAUUCUCAAUUUCACCAUCUCCUAUGAACAUUCAUUUGAAAAGCGGGGGGGGGGGGGACUUCUCCAGGCUCUCUGAGCCCACAGUUUCCAAUCUUAUCUCUCCAAUCUUUUAAACUAAAACUAUUUGAAAAUUCAAAAGUUCCAGAACUAGCCCAGCACCAGGUUUCUUGGAGAAAUGCCAUUUCAUUUUCUUAGGAAAAAAAUAAAGUGAAUAAUAAAUACAUCAGAAUGAGUUCAAGUUUUUAAUAAAAAUAAGAGUUGAUGCUGUUGAAGGGCCACAUCCUAUUGGUUUUCCAGUUAUGCCUGUAAUUGAAGUAGCUAGAAUGUUUAAUUAGGACCAAAUAUAGCCAAGUUCAAAUUCCUAGUCAGUCAUCAGCUUCACUGAGUGACCAUAGCUGCUUAUGCACCACACAUUUAAAGUACAUGACUUCUUCUGAAGAAUCCUAGGAACUGAAGUUAUCCCCCAGAGCUGCCAUUCCCAGCUCCCUUAACAGAUUGUGAUCAGGUGGCCUGCUCACUAAAAGAUGGGCAACCUUUAGGCCCCUGCUCACUAUCUUGCUUGCUCUCCACCUUCUGGUCACUCAUUAUCUUUAAACCUGGCUUGGGAUUUGACUGUCUUUCAAAUAGAGGGUUCCUUCCAACAGAGCACUGCCCUCUACAGUCAAACCUCCAUUUACGUAUCCCUCUGGUUACAUAAACUUCAGGAUGCGCGCACGGCAAACCUUGAAGUAUUUUACCGGGUUUCGCCACGCGCACAUGCGCAGAAGUGGUCCUCAGGUUGCGGAAACCUCGGGAUCCAACCGGACCUCCAGAACGGAUCCCGUCCGCAACCAGAGAUACCACUGUAUUAGCAUUCUUUUGUUGUUGUUGUUUAGUCAUUUAGUCGUGUCCGACUCUUCAUGACCCCAUGGACCAGAGCAUGCCAGGCCCUCCUGUCUUCCACUGCCUCCCGCAGUUUGGUCAAACUCAUGCUGGUAGCUUCGAGAACACUAUCCAACCAUCUCAUCCUCUGCCGUCCCCUUCUCCUUGUGCCCUCCAUCUUUCCCAACAUUAGGGUCUUUUCCAGGGAGUCUUCUCUUCUCAUGAGGUGGCCAGAGUAUUAGAGUCUCAGCUUCACGAUCUGUCCUUCCAGUGAGCACUCAGGGCUGAUUUCCUUAAGAAUGGAUAGGUUUGAUCUUCUUGCAGUCCUUGGGACUCUCAAGAGUCUCCUCCAGCACCAUAAUUCAAAAGCAUCAAUUUUUCGGCAAUCAGCCUUCUUGAUGGUCCAGCUCUCACUUCCAUACAUCACUACUGGGAAAACCUUAGCUUUAACUAUACGGACCUUUGUUGACAAGGUGAUGUCUCUGCUUUUUUAGAUGCUAUCUAGCUUUGUCAUUGCUUUUCUCCCAAGAAGCAGGCGUCUUUUAAUUUUGUGACUGCUGUCACCAUCUGCAGUGAUCAUGGAGCCCAAGAAAGUAAAAUCUCUCACUGCCUCCAGUUCUUCCCCUUCUAUUUGCCAGGAGGUGAUGGGACCAGUGGCCAUGAUCUAAGCUCUAAACCUCUACACUCACUGUGGUUUCACAACGAGCAAAUUGCAGGUACUUCACUACAUCUAUAAAUUGUCUUUCUGGAAAACAGAUAGAAUCUACCAUCAGGUGUACCACGAUCAGUAAUGGAAUGCUACUUCCCCCUUUUCAUACUGGAUCUCUGCCACUUUCCAAUCUGACGGUCUUGUUCCAAGGGCCUGACCUGGAACAGGUCUGCUAGCAUCCAGCUCCUCUCUGAUAUACCUCCUUUGAUUCCUUUGAUUCCUCAGUACCUGUACAGUCCCAGCUAUGAUAUUUUCUAUCACUUUCCUAUCACUCCCUUCUUGGAGUGCCUACUUUGUUUCACCUACCUGGUACUCGAUUUCUAGCCUUGCUUCAACCUGUGUGCCAACAACCACCAUAAGCUUUUCUGACAUCAGCUUUCUGUAAUAAAUGCCUUAACGGUUAUUAUCAACCAUCUGGUUUUAGAUGCAGCAGGGCCUCCAGAAAAAGAACCCGAUCCCCCUCCAGCUGACAAGCCUGCUGAGGCAACACAACAGGAAGAGGCACAGCUGGUCAAGGAGAAAGAAGAGACAGCCAC